UUACGAGGAGGUUUGACGCUGGCAGUAAUGUACCGAAGAUGUCGAACUUGGAGCGUUACAACAACGAUAGAGACAGACGACCAUACAAGUCGGUGGUGAAAUGCUUCAAUUGUAAUGAGCUGGGUCAUUAUGCUAAUCAGUGCCCACAUCGAGACCGACGGUAUAAUCCCAGCCGACCUUCUACGUCGUCUGACUCUAGACGGUCACAUUCGCUUAGAAGGUAUGAAGCCCGAAAUAGUUAUUAUUCGCCGAAGAAAGAAGCUCAGUUGAGUGACCAAGUCGAGAAGUUAACCAAGGGCGUGGUAACAGUUAAGGAGCACUUUGAUCAAGUGCAAUCGAAGAAGGAAUGGAAAGCUCGUCGGAAGGCUGAGAAGGAACGGGCGAAGGAAAAAGAGAGAUUAAGGAUAGAAGAAGAGGAGGCCAGAUUGGCUCAGGAAGAGUUACGGCGGGAGGCAAAGAAACAAAAAAAGGAAGAAAAAGCGAAGCAUGAGGCGGCCCUGAAAGCCGAAAUGAAGAAGGACAUUACACUACAUUCAGCCAUGCUGAUGAGCGAGAUCAAGGACGAUUGGAUUCGACAAUGGAAGUCGUCGGUCCUACCAACACUUGUAGGAGGCGGGCAAGACGUGAAGGGGAAAAAACAAGUGAAACAAGAGCAUGAAGACGAGAACCAGACGAACUAUAGCAGUGAAGAAAGUGAGACUAGCGUGACGCAGGAACUGAGCGAGAAGACCAAAUGCUUAUGGACAGAACAUGAUGACGGAGUCUGUGUGGACGAAGUGGUUUGUGGAUUAGGAAGAGGGGUAACGGAUGGAAACAAAACCAGGGGAGGUAGGAGUGGUGAAGACAGGGGUGGUAGAGUAGUCGGAAGGUGGGUAACAGACGACGAUAAAACCAGGGGAAAUAAAGGCGGUGAAGAUGGGGGGGAUGAAGUCAGGGGUGGUGAAGUGGUUGAAGCAGAGACAGGGGGGGCAGUUGUAGGUGAGACCCGAAGAGGGAACUCUGCAGGUGGUAAUGCAGGCAUGGCCACGGAUGCCAUGGAGGAACACACCGAGACCAAGGGCGACACAAUAGAUGCGGUGGUCACGGAUGCCAUGGAGGAACACGCCGAGACCAAGGGCGACACAACGGCUGCGGUGGCCACGGAUGCCAUGGAGGAACACAUCGAGACCAAGGGCGACACAGCAGGUGUGGGUCGAGUUGCUCCCGCGGAAUCAAUCGUAGAAGCAACCAAGGCCGAUGAGGAAGAGGCUGCGAACCGAAAAGGGGCAGCCAGGGUCACAAACGGCAUGGAAGGGGUUACUAAGACUGAUGAGGACGCAGGUGCGGCAGACGCAGGUAAUGAAGAAGAGGCUGUGAUAGGUGUGACAGGCGCCGAUAAUGAGGAAGGGGCUGUGACAGGCGUAGUCCGAGGAGAGUGUGUAGAUACGCGAGAAAGCGGGUGAUGAAUAGACCAUCGAAGCAUGUUGCGGAACCAGCUGGAGAGGCGGGUCACAUGCGCAGGGUACMUGUAUUGACGUUUACGAAUAUAGGAAGUCCAUCCUUUCGCAAGCGUUGUUGGAGAGUGCCCGCGAAAAAGCAUGCGGCGUGUGAGCAUCGCUGCUGCAGUUUUGAAAUCAUACCAGUUGUUGCAGACAUACUCAAACCUAGUAAGCUGGCCUGUAAACACUCCCGCCGGCUGGUGUGCACGGACGUUAGAUGCAGCACUAUGAUA